GAUGCCGAUGUACGUGAUAUGGACGAUAUAACGGCUUUGGUGAGAUUCGAAGCUUCCAGUCGACAGGCUAUGGUUGUGUGCUUGACCGAUGGCAGUAGUGAGACGUUUUGGGAGAGUGGCGGAGAAGUUAGUUGA